AUGACUCUCCAGAGCCCCAAAGACUGCCCCAAGGACAAAUGCGACUGGCAGCCCAGCGCAGGCUGCGACCUUUUUCGGCAUAUCAACGACAAUCACGGACGGGCAGUGCGGAUGCCAUGCGGAAGAUACACAAUUUGCACCUAUCAUCACUUUCGAAAGCACAAAGACUCCUGUGACGACUGCAAAAAUGGAAGAACGGCUGAGGAGAACCCUAUGCCUUCCGUCGAAAGCGAUGAUAGUGCCGAUGCCGAGGGCACUCCCGAACGCACUCCCGAACGCACUCCCGAACGCACUCCCGAAGGCGACCUUCGAGCCCGAUCCGUCCAUCACGGCGGGAUCGUUCUUCAUGGUCCAAACUAUGGCAACAUCUAUCAGAAUUUCGAAUGCAGUUCGUCGGCCUGCUCCCGCAGCCCCUCGAACUAA